CACAGGACAUUGUAGCCUGUGCAGCUCAAUUGGAAAAGUGUAGCCAUGUUCAGCUUCGAGGGAGAUUUCAAGCGGACGCCCAAAGUGUCCCUUGGAGGGGCAAGUAAGAAGGAGCAGAAAGCGUCACUUCUUCACCGAAUGCAGGAGGAAAGAUUCAAGCGAGAGGAUGAUAGGAAAAGGCUGAAAAAUGCAAUAAUUGUCCAGUCUUACAAUCGAGGCUUCCAAGAGAGAAAACGUCAAUAUGGUAUUCAGCGGAGCCAUUUCGACCGCUGUGUGUGUGAGAGUCAGUGUUCUUCCGGAUCCACACUCCCGGACUCUAGUCUGCUCCCCCUGCUCAUCCGCCGCCUGCUCUUCUUCUACCACAACAGCAAGGACACACCCCGGCUGAUCUGGCUGUGGCAGAAUGUAGUGAAGCAUCAUGCUCAGUUUGUGAAGCUGCUGGCCGGACCUGAGAGAAGCACAUGCGUGUUCCAGAUCAAGAGGCUUCUUGGACACUGCUGCAGACUCCUGCAGCUGUGUGAUGAUGAAGGUGUGAAUGUGGCUGUCCCCAUGAGCAUGCUGGAGGUGUUUACCUCAGAGAGGACCUACCUGCCCACUCUGCAGGAUGACAGUGCAGGUGCUGCGCUCAUAGAGCAGGUUUUGCACUAUAUGGUUCAGAAAGGAUACUACAGGAUGCUGUAUGUGUUGGCCAAUCACAAGUUACUGUCCAGUCUGGAUUACAGCGAAGCCCCCUCGCUUCCUCUGGCAUACACCCUGCUGGAACACACACUCAAACCACUGCACUUUAUGUACAGCUCCUGUCCCAAGGGUGCCAGGCAGUUAGUGUUCUCAGCCUUUACAGAAGACUUCAUCUCUCCUCCAUUCACUGAGCAGAUGUUUCACUUCUUUGUGCCGGCGCUGGCAGACCGAAGACUCAGUUUCCCGUUUCACGACUUCCUGUUCUCCCUACAGGCCACCAUCUCCUUGUCAGACCAGGCCCAGUGUCAUGCCCCAUGGCUCUUCUACUUUGUUUUGUCACUCGGAGAAAUGGGCCUCAGCUCUCUAUCAGAAGAAGGGCUGCUGUUGUAUCUGAGCUCUCUGCAGGCUCUGCUCCCUCUGCUUCCUGUGAGUGAGAGCAACACCAGAGAUGACAUUGCAAGUGACUCUGUGGAUGAAGAUAACAACUCUACACAACCUCCUCCUGAUGACAACAGGAUGUCAGUGCAGUUGAUCACACAGCUGUGUGUGCAGAAGUUGGACUCAGAGCUGCAGACAAACACUCUGCUGUCACUGGUGUUAAGAGACUCAGCCAGCGAGGACGUCUUCAUCAUGACGGCAACUAUCUGCUACACUCUCAUGGUGCAGCACUGCAAGAUGGUGUCCAAAGUCAGGCUACUGUACACUUUGGCCUUCAACGCUCGCUUCCUCAGACACCUGUGGUACUUGAUAACGUCCAUGAGGACCAAAAUGAUUACAGGGUCUCUGAUUCCGUUGCUGCAGCUGAUGUCUUGUGGCUCUCCCAUGUCUGCUGAGGACUCCAACAGGAUCAUCCCUCUCUUGUACCUGUUCAGCUCCCUGUUCAGCCACACGCUUAUCUCCAUCCACGACACCGAGUUAUUUGGGGAAGCCAUGGAUGGUAACAGUCAGAGGCAGGUGUCCAUGAUGCCGUUCUCUCUCCCCGAGUUGGUGACUCUGUCCCGCUGUUUGCGUGACACGUGUCUGGGGAUCAUCAAGCUGGCGCAUCCCGAGACUAAGAGCGGCCACAGCGCGGAAUAUGCAGCCGUGUUCCCCAGUGUCGAUGUCAAAACCAGCAGCCAAGUGCAGCAGAAACGCUGGCUCCAGCUGUUCAAGGUGAGCGCCAACCUAGUGAAGAUGUUGAAGGCGAGGGACAUCAGCAGGCCAUUCUGCCCCAAGGGUCACUGGCUGUCCGACGAGGUCAAGAUCAAUGCUGAUAAGGUCAUUUUGUACGUUCCUUCUGCUCGACACGUGUGGAGGACAAGGCAUAUGGACCAGUUCGCUCUAAAUCGUGAGAUCCUGCUGUGUUUAUUAGAUGCACCUCCUCUCAGUUUAUCUUACCAGGACAGACACCUGGCCAUCCUCAACGAGCUGCUCUUUGUCGUACCCUUUGAGGAGAGAGUGAAGAUGUUUCAGAGGCUGAUCUAUGCUGAUAAAGGGGAUGUACAGUGGCACAACUCUUUCAUCAACAUCACCAUCCGGAUGAACUACAUCUACGAGGAUGCAUAUGACAAACUGUCUCCAGAGAACGAGCCAGAUCUAAAGAAGCGUAUCCGGGUGCAACUGCUUAACGAUCACGGCCAGGAUGAAGACAGAAUUGUCGGAGGGAAGAUAUGCUGCGGGUUUUUCAGUGAUCUGCUCAAGUCAGGGUUCAAUCCGAACCAGGGCUUUUUCAGGACCACAGACGAGGGUCUGCUGUACCCGAGUCCCACAGCCGAGAUGCUCAUCGGAGAGAGCUUCACGCGUCACUACUACUUCCUGGGCCGGAUACUGGGUAAGGCUCUGUAUGAGAACAUGUUAGUGGAGUUGCCGUUUGCCAGUUUCUUCCUGGCCAAGCUGCUCGGGACCAGCACUGAUGUGGACAUUCAUCACCUGGCCUCGCUCGAUCCCGCGAUGUACCGGAACCUUCUGUUUCUCAAGAGCUACGAGGGAGACAUGGAGGAUCUGGGGCUCAACUUCACCAUCGUCAACAAUGACCUAGGAGAGGCUCAGGUGGUUGAGCUGAAGCCAGGCGGGAAGGACAUCCCGGUUACCAUGGCAAACCGCAUUGCCUACAUCCAUUUAGUGGCCGAUUACCGGCUGAACAAACAGAUCCAAGCUCACUGCAUGGCAUUCAGACAGGGUCUGGCCAAUAUGCUCAACCUCGAGUGGCUGCGCAUGUUUGACCAACAGGAGAUCCAGGUUUUGAUCUCUGGUGCUCACAUUCUUAUCUGUCUGGAGGACCUGAAGAAAUUCACCAAUUACUCAGGAGGAUACUCUCCCACUCACCCAGUCAUCAAGAUAUUUUGGGACGUGGUGGAGAAUUUCAGCGACGAGGAGAAACGCAUGCUGCUCAUGUUUGUCACCGGCUUCUCACGUCCUCCUGUGCUGGGAUUUAAAGAGCUCAACCCUGCCUUCUGUAUCCAUAACGGGGGGGGCGAUCUGGGGCGCCUUCCCAUUGCCAACACUUGCCUGAACGUUCUCAGUCUUCCCAAGUUCGACAACCAGCAGCUGAUGAGGAGCAAGUUACUCCAAGCCAUCAGUUCGGUCGAGGGCUUCGAGCUCUACUGA